AUGAGUCUAGUCCAUUCAGCCAUGUUUAAUCAUCAUAUAGGCCCUUCACACACUAGAUCUCGAAGUUUCGAAUUAUUUCAAGAAGCUAAAACCUUAAGAGUUGCUGCUUGCAAGCGAUCAUAUAGUGACGACUUGAAUAUCAGCACUAAAAGAGCAAGAACUGCACCUCCUUCUCCUCCAUAUGAAACUGUCACACCCACCAGAGCUAGCAGGUUGGUGAUUUCAAAUUUAGUCAAGCCUACCAGCAACUUAAGAGCACGAUCUCUUUCUCCAAACAAAAAGUUUUCCAGCCCAUUAUCUCCAUCAUCAUCACCAAUAGCGACAGUUGCAUCACCCAUUAGCUCACCACAAAACAUAAAGAUCAAAUUACCAAGUAUUUCCGAUGCAUUAAAUUUACCACCAAUAACUUCCAAAGCUCCGAAACCGAUAGUGCCAACUGUGUCUCUAGAUUACUUUGAUACAUACAAGCCAAAUGACGAAAAUUGGAGGUACGGGCUUUUGGAUAAAAUUGCCAAAGAGUCAAAACAUUUCCAUCUUAAUCAAUACAACUAUCUCAAUGACCAUGCAAAACCAAGCUUUGAUUCCAAACUAAGUUCAAAAAUCCAACAACUGUCCAUUGCCAACGGGAAGAAAAUAAAUUUCCCCUACGAAUCAAACUACACAUAUUUGAAUAAAACAUACUUGAAUGAUGUUAAAAACUAUCCUGAAUAUCUAGAGUUGGCUGCUGAAUCAUUAUUACAAUUGAAAGAGCGCCAGCUCCCUCCAUUGCAACCACAUCAAAAACACCCCUUGCCAGUACAAGGACCGUUACCGGUGCCAGCACCUCCAAUUUCACAUUUUUCUUCUUACACCACACCACAAGCCCCAGCAUAUUACCACCCACAUUCACAACAACAACAAACUCCUCCUCCACCACCACCACCACCAAUUGCUACACAUAAAUUUAUUCCAAUAUCACCUCCAUCUGCUAAAAAGUCUAGAUCGGAUCUAUUGAAAUCACCACCAAAACACCAUCACCAUCAACAUGCACCAAGGGUAUGCAUAUCGUGUGGAUCAGAUCAAUCGCCAUGCUGGAGACCAUCCUGGUCUAUUAAACAAGGCCAAUUGUGCAAUUCGUGUGGGUUACGAUAUAAAAAGACAAAGGCUAGAUGCUUGAAUGACAAGUGUAAAAAAAUACCUGCUAAGGGUGAAUGGACACUCAUGCAAAGUAAAGGAAAAGAAACUUUUGAAGACGGUAUAGAGGGUUACAGUUGUAUUGCAUGUGGCUGGAGAGUCGAAGUACUUCCUAAAUCUUGA